AUGGCGGCCUACAAUCGCAUGUCGACAUUUUCCUCGCUGUCGAACUCGACGCCGCGCCCGGGUCACAACAAUCCCUCGCACCAGGUGUCGACCAGCACCCUGCUCAAUGCCCUGCACACCGCCUACGCCCAGCGCGAGCCCUACUAUCUUGAGGCGAGCACGAGCUUGGUCGUCAACACUUGGGUAACCGCCGGCGAGGUCGGCCCCGACGGCCGUUUUGGAGGAACCGUGGAUGUGGAACUCGGCCGCAAAGCCUGGGAACACGCCCGCAGAAGAGCAGAGGAUGGCUGCAUUGUUUUGGGCUCUCUGCACGAGUCCACUCCAUCGCUAGUCGCCCCCUUCGUCUCCGCUCUCCCUCUUUCCGUGCCUACAACCUUCUACACUGCUCUCAACGUCCUUCGCCCCUUCACCCAUUGUGUGACGCCGCAGAACGCGUCUCUGCCUCGCCACUCGGCCCUCGCUGCCACCUUCAACUUGAAUCUCGAAGGCGCCCUCACCGGAGCAAACCUCGCCCUUUCGACUUCUGGCGUUGACACCAAGCUUGGUCUGGUCGACGUCCCCUCUCAAGCCGGGUUCCGUGCUUUUGAUGUCUUCUACUACCUCAAUUCCAACUCCGCCUCUCAGGAGGAGAAGGAGACGCUUGGGCUGAAGCCCAACUCCGACUAUGAGCUCCUGAAGAAAUCAGGCACAUACUACCCCCCAUCUUAUCUUCCCACUGCUGAUGACGCUGCUGCUGCCGAAGACUGGCGCGAGAACCUCAAGCAAAUUGGUGUCAAAGGCAAGACGCGGCGCAAUCUUCUCUGCGCCCUUGCUGGUGUUCUCAAACUGGGCGACACCCUCGGCUUUCUUGUCGACGAGGAAGUUUUGGACGAGGCCUGUCUCGACUUCGCCGACCUCCUCGAUAUUGACCCGGACGUUAUGAAGAAGAAGUGCGACACACUGGAACGCCAGGUCUUCAUCAGCGGUCUCUACGAGGCCAUCAUCGAUUGGGUCGUCGCAAAGGCCAACGACGCUAUCCGUGCUGAACUCCGCGGCCAAAAUGUAGGGUCGUCCAGCAACAGCGAUGACCGCUCUGGUGCUCCCACUCCUGAGUCGGGAGACGAUGACGGUGAUACGGUCAGCAUCACAGUGGUCGAAAUUCCCUCAAAUGCUGUCGGCAAGGCAGUCGCCCUCCGGACCGUCUUUGACGACUCAGAGGGCAUCAAUGCCGAGAUGAAGGAAGACGGCGUUCCCAUGGAUUCCGCUGGCUCAUCCGUGCUCCGGGAAAUGAAGGAUGCCAUUGCCGAGUGCUCGAACGAGCUCGGUGUAGCUGAUGGUGCUGCAGCACGCGAGUACGAGCAAGAACGCGAUACCAGAGAGGCUGUCCUUGAAAAGGUUGCUCACGAAGCAGAGGAGGAGAGCUUUCUCAAGCAGCUCAUUUUCCCCAUCUCUGGACAGGGCGUCGCGUUGGGCAAGAGCGGCCGUUUUGAUCUCCCAACCGUCAUCAGCAGCAGCAGAGUUUGGUUCCAUCUUGCCCUUCACCCUACCGACGAUGGUCCCGCUAGUCUACAAAACACCACCGGGCAGCCUGCCUGGUCAGCAGCUUCUGUCUCACGCCAAUUGCGCUCUUGGCGCUUACCUGAGUGGGCCAACCGCCGGAAUCGGAAUCUCGACUUCACCUCUGACUUCGAUUACGAGGAGUUUAUCCAACGGUACGCUCCCCUUGGCUGCACCGAAGGUCGCGAGGGUGUCGAGAGCUGGACUCUCGAGCGCGGAUGGAGCAAUGGGGAAGUCGUCCUCGGCACUGAGCGUGUGUGGAUCCGCGAGGGAGCCUGGUGGGAAGCUGAAAGCAUGCGCGAUAUGAAAGGUCCAGAUGUCGGUAUGAUGGACAUGGGUGGAAUGGGUGCAAUGGGUGGAAUGAUGGGCUCUGGUGCGCUCGAAAGCGGCUACUCCGUUCAACAUCCCAGUCUCGGAAGCGGCUUCUUUGGCAACCAACAGCAAUACGGAGACGAAAUCACCAUCCAAGGAAGCAGGGACAACUUGCUUACAGUACAGCCUUCUAUCAACCAGGGCCCUCGCAGCAACGUUGAUGCUCGCUCUAUCGCCCAAACCCAAAUGUCUGGACAUGCCAAUCUCAGCCGUGGAGAUUAUGGCCUUGGUAACAAAGGUGACGACAAGCAUGGUGUCACCUACUAUGGUGACGAGGAAAUCGGUGAUAACAAGGUGGUCACCGAACAACCCAUCAGCACGUCCCGCCGCGCCUGGGUGGCUUUCUGUUGGGCCAUGACUUUCUGGAUACCAUCUUUCCUCCUGGCACAUGUUGGCCGAAUGAAGCGUCCCGAUGUGCGACAGGCUUGGAGAGAAAAGCUCGUCCUUGUCUUCAUCAUCCUGAUUCUGAACGCCACUGUCGUCUUCUACAUUAUCGCAUUUGGUAAACUUCUGUGCCCGAAUUACGAUAAAGCUUGGAACGAGAAGGAAGUUAGCACCCACCAAGCCAGCAAUGACUUCUAUGUCAGCCAUCACGGUAAAGUCUACGACAUCUCGAAAUUUUGGAAGAUUCAGCACAGUGACCGCACUGGUUACGACGUCACCACUUCCAAUAUGGAGCCUCUGAUGGGCAAGAACCUCGACGCCUACAUUGUCCCACCGUUCGCACUUGCUUGCCCCAACCUCAAGAUCAACAGCACCAUUGGAACUCUUCAAUUCAACGACACAUCCGCCACAACGGACAGUCCUCAGGCUGUUCACACCUCUGGUGAGCGAAACCAGGCUGACGUUGACACCGCACUGCACGAAGACGACUGGUACACGGCGAAAUUCCUCCCAAGAAUGAAGGAAUACUACAAGGGUUCUCUCGUGUGGACGAGGGACAAGAUUAAGAAGCAAGGCGACAACCUCGGACGCCAGUGGGCCAUCAUUGACGACAAGGUGUACGACUUGACAGAUUAUUUCUACACCCAGGACACGUUUAAUGGCGACUCGACCUACGAAUUCCUCGACAGCAAGGUUGAGAACCUCUUCAAAAACAGCCCUGGCGGAGACAUCACGGAUGAUUGGAACGAGCUCGACGAAAGCAUCCGUCUACCCAAUUUCCAAUGCAUCGACAACAUGUUCUACGUUGGCGAGACGGAUUUCCGAAAGUCGGCUCGUUGCCAAGUCAACAACUACAUCCUUUUGGCCUUCACCAUUAUUCUCUGCGCCGUCAUUUUGAUCAAGUUCUUGUCUGCUCUCCAGCUGGGCUCCAAAAGACGGCCUGCCGCCCAAGACAAGUUCGUCAUCUGUCAGGUGCCUGCUUACACCGAGGGUGAGGACCAGAUUCGGAAGGGUCUCGACUCACUGACUGCUCUGGCAUAUGACAAUAAACGGAAGCUCAUCUGCGUUAUCUGUGACGGUAUGAUCGUCGGUGGUGGCAACGAUAGGCCUACGCCCAAGAUUGUUCUUGAUAUUCUUGGUGUUGAUCCCAAGAUUGAUCCACCCGCUCUCCCCUUCAAAUCGGUCGGUCGCGGUGCCGAGCAGCUCAACUACGGAAAAGUCUACUCUGGUCUUUACGAAUACGAGGGUAAUGUCGUGCCUUAUAUCGUCGUCGUCAAGGUUGGGAAGGAAUCUGAGCAGAAGAAGUCCAAGCCUGGAAACAGAGGCAAGCGUGACUCCCAGAUUCUUCUCAUGCAAUUCCUCAACCGGGUCCACCACCGCGCUCCGAUGUCGCCGCUUGAGUUGGAGAUGUUCCAUCAAAUCAACAACAUCAUUGGUGUAGAUCCAGAGCUUUACGAGUACCUCCUCAUGGUCGACGCCGAUACUAUGGUCAGAGAAGAUUCACUUAACCGUUUGGUGGCCUCCUGCUCCAACGAUUCCAAGAUUGUCGGUAUCUGCGGUGAGACCAGCUUGGAGAACGAAGAGCGCAGUUGGUGGACGAUGAUUCAGGUCUACGAGUACUACAUUUCCCAUCACUUGGCGAAGGCUUUCGAAAGUUUGUUCGGCAGCGUCACCUGUUUGCCCGGAUGUUUCUGCAUGUACCGGUUGCGAACAGCGGACAAGGGCAAACCUUUGAUCAUUUCGGACAAGGUCAUCGACGACUAUGCCGAUUGCGACGUCGACACGCUUCACAAGAAGAACCUCCUGUCCCUCGGCGAGGAUCGUUAUCUCACAACCAUCAUGACCAAGCACUUUCCGAGCAUGUCGUUCAAAUUCGUUCCGGACGCCUACGCCCAAACAGCUGCGCCCGAGACUUUUAGUGUCUUGCUGUCGCAAAGACGUCGUUGGAUCAACUCCACAAUCCACAAUUUGGCCGAGUUGGUUUGGCUCAAGGACCUUUGCGGAUUCUGUUGUUUCUCGAUGCGCUUCGUUGUCUUCAUUGAUCUCUUCGGCACAAUCAUCCUGCCCGCCACCUGCGCCUACUUGGUCUAUCUGGUCUACAAGGUUGCUGCCAAUGAUGGCGCGUUCCCCAUCAUCUCGGUCAUUAUGCUUGCAGCUGUGUACGGUCUGCAAGCCAUCAUCUUCAUUAUCAAGAGACAGUGGCAGCACAUUGGUUGGAUGAUCAUCUACAUCAUGGCCUACCCGAUCUACUCCCUCAUCCUUCCGGUGUACUCAUUCUGGAAGCAAGACGAUUUCUCUUGGGGUAACACUCGUAUGGUCGUUGGCGAGACGGGUAAGAAGCAGAUCGUCGCCAUAGAAGAGGAUGAAGGUUUCGACCCGCGCAGCAUUCCGCUCCAGAGGUGGGACGACUACGCAGCUGCAAACAGUCUCCCUGGCCGCCGCGGUCUUGCUCCCGAGAAGGGCAUGAUGCCGUAUGAAGACGAUGCUUAUGAGAUGAACGACAUGCAAUCGGUCUACUCGUCCGUCAAGCCUGCCUCGACGGUUUUGACUGGCUUCAACCGUGGCGCCAUGCACAUGCCUCCCCAGUCGCCCGGACCGUAUGCCGCCAUGCAAAACCGCCAGAGCUCAUACUCGAACCUCGGUGGCUACCAGGACCAUCCUCAGGGUCAGCACAGCCGCCUGAUGUCGAUGGGCAACCAGUCGGACAGCUACAACGCAUCUCCCUAUGGCGCAAAUCAGCACCAGGCACGCCAAUCGAUGCACUCCCUCUCUGCUGGCGACCACCUGCUCGGCACCCCGUACAACGCGCCACGUCAAAGAAGCCCGCUCUCCCAGAGUCGACCUGCCAGUAACAUGGACUUCCGGAGCGCAGCCAGUGGCCCGUCGGAUGAUCAAAUUGUCCACGCGAUCCGCGAGUGCUUGGCUGACGUCGACCUGGACAACGUGACGAAGAAGCAACUCAAGGCGCUCACCGAGCAGAGGCUGCAGACGCAGCUCAGCGGUGAGAGGAGGGUCUUCUUAGACCAUAUGAUCGAUAACGAGCUGGCGAACAUGUAG